GCACAGGCAAAGUAUAAUCAAAGAUACUGAAACUAGGGAAGGAAAAGGGAUGUAUAAAACUAAAAAUGCAGAGAGUUUGAACUUUCACCAUACCAAAUUGGACAAAAAACAGGGAUAACUGGUUUACUUUACAGGUUUCAUUGGAAGUUGUUGCAGUUUUUAACCCAAUAUGAAAGCAAACGACAAACUUCAGAUCCUGAAAUUCUUUCUGAUGCUUAUCAAUUCAUUCUUUGUGAUUCUUGGCAUCAGCAUUUUUGCAUGUUCAGCUUGGAUAUUUUUUGAUAAAGACAACUUCAUAAGUGUUAUAAGCGCUGGGCAGGAAGUAAAGCUGGUUGCUUGGGGACUCUUUGUCAUUGGUCUUGUUGUUGUUGGUGUGUCCUUACUGGGUUGUAUUGGUGCAUGUUUAGAGAACAGAUAUUUCAUCAUAUUUUAUCUGAGCUUCUUAAUUGUCAUUGUCCUGGGUCAGAUCUUCAUCACCCUAGUGCUUUUAAUACAACGAGGCUUGAUUGAGAAGUUUUUGACGGAAAGUGUGGCUGGCAUAAUUGUGAAUUAUGGAGGAAAUGAAACACAAUCGUCAUGGAGGCUUUUGGAUAGUGUGCAGAAUUCUGGAAAAUGCUGUGGUAGAGCAACACCAAAUGAAUGGAUGAAUAAUACAGUUAUUCAGUCCUUGAGUGAGACAGACAUCUACCCUUGCUCUUGCUUCAAUGAUACCUGCCCCGUAAUCCUAAUUGGAACACACAGCUUUGGAAAGGGUUCAAACAUCUAUAAAACGGGCUGUGGGACGGUUCUGGGAAACUGGCUAGGAAUGAAUAUCAAUGUAAUAUUCGGAAUGGACGGUGGGCUUCUUUUGAUUCAGGUACUGCAGUUCAUCUUUGGCAUUUACACCUACAAAUGCAUUGGCCGCAAAACAAGAGAGCUUCACCCCAUUAAUCUACUAAACGCUAUGGAGGAUGAACCUACAGUGGAACCCAUAGACCAGCAGUUUCACACAGACACCCAUCAGCCUGAAGUUCAAACCUAUAACCCGCUAACAGUCUGUGGCAAUGAUAAUGAUGGAAAUUACCUUGGUGAAUAUGAUCACGGUGGAUAUGAUCGCAGUAGCUAUAAUUACAAUGGAAAUGUUGCAGAGAAUUAUGAGCAGUAUAACAGACAUGAAGUUUAUGAACAGGACGGCAAUCUAAAUGACAACACUCCUCACAAUCUGCAACACACGCCGAGCUACAAUGGCAGUUAUGAUCAGCGAUAUAUACAAAAUUACCCUCAAAGGUACAAUGGUGAUUACUGAAACCAGAUGCCUUUCCCCAAGUAAUCUGAUCAGAUUGGGAUGGGCACAUUUGAGUGCUCCUUUAAAAAUAGCACUCUCUACAAAGAGUUAGCAAUGAUUUUUCUGACUAAAGACACUUAAAACCUUCACGAAAGUCCUUUGUUUUGUGUCACAGGAUGGGGUACUGAGUUCAGUACUUCUGACAGGUGGUUAAUGCAUGUUCCCAAGAGUAUCAUUUGUCAUUUUAAGACAACCACCGUCCGUCAUUCUUACAGAAUUCAUUCCAAACCUCUCCGGUCAGACACUCAACAACUCAACAUAUUUGAAAAAGUCACAUUUUAUGGUUUUAUGAACACAGACAAUGUACUAAUUUUCAAGAUGCAGAUUUUUUAAAACAAGUUUUCAGUUUUAUUUUAAUGCCCCUUUACAAGUUUAGAUAUAUUGUAUAACUGUAGAAGUGUAACAAUAUAAAAAUACUGACCUGAAAUCAUAACUGGUACAUUUUGAGAUGAUCCUCACAUACAUACUGUUGUCAUUUAGAAAUACUGUCAUACAUAUGGGAACAAAAUAAAGGUUUUAUUGAUGAAUAUGUCAAAUAAUAAUUUUAGUUAAUCUUUUUAAAUUAAGAAUAAAACUGAACCUGGUUUCUACUCAUACAUAAAACAUGGUAAUUUAGAAUUUGAUUGUCUAACCAAUAGCCAUGAUUAUAUCAGGCAACUUAUUCUGCAGUUUGUACUGCAGACGUGAAUGAUCCCCCAAAUUGUAAAGUUUCUAAAUAAUUUUUUCCCUGGCAUGUGAAAACAAACUGCCAAAAAAUUUCAGAGACUUGAGGAUCAACAGGGAACAAAUAAACAUUGCAUUUCAGAUGCAUGCACAAGUAAACCAUUAGUCAUCUUUAGCCUUUCGUGCCAUGGAUUUUCCAUGAUCUUAACUUUGAUAUUUCAAAGGUUGUUUUGUAAAUCACUGCAUUAUUAUUUCACCCAGAUCUGCUUUAUGAGUCAAGUGAUGAUGUUGAUGACACAGGGGGCUGGUGGCGAGACCAUUUAGUGUGUGUGAAUGUACAGUAUGUAUCUGUGUGUGUGAAGUUGAGUAGGCAAGUCAAGAGUGGGCUUUGACUGAAGUAUGAUGGACGACACUAUCUAUAGGCCAUAAAGAGCAGCAGUCUGUCUGCAUGAGAGGGUUCUUUGUUAAAGUCGCCCUGCGGUCGAUGAUAGCCAGGCUGACAUUAACGACCUUGUGCAGUGAUGAGUUGGCAGUCAUGCUUUACGACAACAGUUGACAGUGCAUGCAUAGAUAAUGACAAAUAGAAAGUUACACGGAGGGGAGCACAAUAUUUCCCACCCUCAAGAAUGAUGCACUCAGAAUGAGUCAACUGGGAAUUUUCAGGACUGUUUGGGAUACACUGUGCCAUUGACCCAAAAACUUAGAAUACAAAUAUAGGUGUGAAAUAAUCAGCAAAAAUGAAAAUUCUGUCAAUAUUUAGAACUCAUCCUCAUUUCGAACCCGUAUGACCUCUUUUCUUCCGUGGAACACAAAAAGGAAAUGUUUUAAAGAAUGUUCAGAGUUCUACAACGAAGGCAUAUUGUGACUACAGCUGGUCAAGCUCGAAAAAUGACAAAAAAAGCACCAAAUAAGUAGUCUAUAUAAGACUUAUAUGCUAUAAUAUAAUUAAUGCUAUAAUAUAUACAACACUUCUACUGUUCCUCAGCUGGUAGCAUGGCAUUAGUAAUACUGGGUUUGUUUCCCAGGGAACACAAAAACUGAAAAAUGUAAACCUUGAAUUCACUACAAAAUUUCUUUGAAUAAAAGCGUCUGGAAAAUGCAUAUAUCAGAUGAUCAGACUGAAAUUUAAGUCAUUUAUUCAAACUAAGCAGGAACCAGUGUCGUCACUGACAUCAAACCUGAUGCAACUUUUAUGGUGAUUUUUGCUUGGCAUCCCCUGGUCAUUAAAUGCUUUCAUUGAAUGGACAAGAGUAGUUAAAUGUGAAUUUUGGAAUGACAAGAGGGUAAGUAAAUGAUGAACAUUAAAUUUUUUAGUAAACUAUCACUUUAAAAGGGAAGAGUUUUUUUUCUCCCUAUUCUGAUAUCCAGUUAUAUUCCUAUACAACUGGCCUAUCCGAUAUUGUUCAUGUCAUUGCUAUGAGGAGAAAAACAGACACAGAGAAUGAGAGAGUGAUGCUAUAAAAAGUAAGAUUGAAUUAUGGGUUAUUAUGAGUUAUAAUAGUGUUGUCUAUCAUGUGAUGUGAGCUCAAUUCUCAUGCUCUCUGGCUCUCCUCAUAUUGUCAUGAAGACAAUUAGCUCUUGUUGUGCCGCCUGAUUGUGCGAGCAUGUUUUUAUGUGUACGUGGCCAAAAUUAGUUAAUAAUAAAAUGUGAAAAUGUUUGAGAAAAGAAUAUAAGUUUAAAUAUGUUCAUUGUACAUGAUAGAAUUUGAAAGCCACUAAGUGGAAUAAACAAGAGCCACAUUACCUUUUAAUUACUGGUACUACUACCAACUCCUAAUGUAUAAAUAUUGGGUCUCAUUCACUAACUGUGCAUAACUAUGUAUUUAUGUUACUAACGGUUUUUACAAGUUUUACAAGUUUGCACAUGCAAGAACGCGCGCACUAACACCCACAAAUCACACUCCUAUUGGCCUUAGAAACAUGAAAUGUGUUGAAGGUAGAGUUCAUUAAAAAAUGAAAAUUCUGUCAUAAUCCCUCUAAGUCACCAUUCACUUUCAUUUAAUUGAAUCUUAUUCCAUAAAGCGACAGUGAAUAAUGACACAUUCUGCUAAACAUCAUCCUCUGUGUUCCACGGAAGAAAGUCAUACAGGUUUGGAACAACAGGAGGGUGAGUAUGUAAAUGUAACAGAUCUUUCAUUUUUGGGUGAAUAUUUAUAGAAUUUACAUGAAUAGUCAUGAAUCAGUAGCUCGAUCUGGGAUAGGUUUUGCAUAAAAAUGUAGACUGUUUAGGCAUCAGGAAAACUGGCUAAUGAGAUGGUCUGAAACAAUAUAAUGUGUUGUCUAGGUCUUUAUAAAAUAUUUUUAUUGUGUUUCAACUGGUUUGAUAAUAGCACCCUUGACUUUAUUCAAAGAUCUUGCAGAGCAAACUUUCAUGUGAGCGUGCAUCUUUAGAGAGUGGAAGAAUAAGUUUGCAAAGAGUGACGAAUGACUGUACAGGUGUGGUUGAGCAGGAAGCCCUUAUUUGGAGAUUGUUUAGGCGUGUAUUAUGUUGCCAAGUCUUCUAGGGUUAGUUCACCAAAAAAUGUAAAUUAUGUAAUCAUUUACUCACCCUCAUGCCAUCCCAAAUAUGUUUGACUUUCUUUCAUCAGCUGAACUCAAAAGAUGAUUUUUAGAAGAAUAUUUCAGCUCUGAAGGUCCAUACAAUGCAAGUGAAAGGGUGCCAAAAGUUUGAAGCUCCAAAAUCCAUAUACGGGCAAAAUAAAAGUACUCCAGAUGACUCUGUUUUUAAAUCCAUAUCUUAUAGGUGUGGGUGAGAAACAGAUCAAUAUUUAAGCCCUAUUUCCUUCACUUUCACUUUCUCCUUUUUCGGUUUUUGGUGAUUUACAUUCUUUGUGCAUAUGCCCCCUACUGGGUAGGGAGGAGAAUGUAUGACAAAAAAUAUUUAAAUAUUUUCUCACCCACACAUAUCAUAUCAUGUCUGAACACAUGGAUUUAACCACUGGAAUAUUAUGGAUUACAUUUAUGCUGCCUUUAUGUGGAUUUU